AUGGUGGGCGCGUACGGCGCGGCCGGCGAGGCGCGCGGCGCGCUGCUGCCGGCGCCGGGCGCCAAGGGCGUGAUCGCGCGCGCCGCGCCGCAGCGCAACGGCGGCGACGCGCCCGCCGUGACGGUGUUCAUCGGCAACAUCAGCGCGCGCGCGCCCGACGCCAUGGUGCGCGCGCUGCUGGCGGCCUGCGGCGCCGUGCUCAGCUGGAAGCGCGUGUCCACCUUCGGCUUCUGCGAGUUCGGCGGCGUGGAGGCGGCGCUGCGCUGCGUGCGCCUGCUGCACGACCGGCAGGUGGCCGACCGCCGGCUCGUGGCCCGCACCGACGGCAAGAUGCAGGCGCUCGUCGACUCCUACAAAAGCGAGCAGCGGUCGCGGCUGUCGGGCGAGGAGGCCGCGGCGGCGGGGGGCGCGGACGAGGCCGCGGGGGAGGAGGGCUACCUGGACGCCAAACAGCGCGGGCUGGACGACGCGGCCGAGCGCAGGCUCGUGCAGAUCAUGCGCGACUACCAGCACGAGAUCAACAACUACGAGACCUUGCAGAAGGAAGAGGCGAUCUCGAAGACGGCGAAGGUGCUGGAGGAGGCGGACAUCUCGGAGGAGAAGCGCGACGUGAUCCACCGCGAGAUCGGCAAGUUCCGCGAGAGCAUGAAGGCCGAGGCGGCGAGGCGGAGUGCGCGCGGUCUUCUCCUUGGCGGUAGGUGGCGCAGAGGCGGAGGCGGCCGCGAAUACGUUCUGUGUACUCCGUGUUUGUCUCGAGAUGAACGACGACUGGGCAGUCGCCCGAGCGCGUGCUUCUCGGCCGGGACGCUCGGGACGCUGCGCGGCGGCGGCUCGGGAUCUCGUUUAAUUUCCUUUAUAUUGACCACUCGGUUUCGCUUGACAUUGUUUUGUUGCCAUCGCUUGCACUUCGCUCCAUUCCGGCGAAGUGCCGUCGCAGUCGGUGGAAUAGCGCAACGUUGCGUCUCACGUGGCGAGACUAACACUCGAGACGUUCGUCCUCUAAUACGCAUUGCCGUGACGAGCGUCUGUCACGACCGACGCGUGCAAAUCAGUGCCACCGAGCACCGCGCGCUGAACACGGUCGGCCCCACCGUCGUUGUACGCGUUAGAGAAGCUCCGAUUGGUCCCCUUGCCUGGCGAGGCGGCGGGGGCGGCAGGGCGGCCCCGCGCGUGCGACGACACGACCGAAGUUCACGGUCCGCAUCGUCGCAACUCGCAACUGGCAAACAACGUCCGCGGCGUUCGAACGUCGGGGCGGCUGAACGAAUCGCCGGCGCCGGGAGCGGCGUGUGUGCGGCGAGCGCGGUGCGCCGGAGGGGGCGGCGGAGGGGGGCGGGGUCGACACGCGAUAACGGAACGAGAAAGAGCGCGGACGGGGGCCGCCGCGGUCGGGGCAUGCGGGCGAGCUGCGGCUUCGCCGUCGGCCUGCCGCUGCUGGCGCUGCACCCGUACAUCCGCACGAGACACGAGAUCGCCGCGGCUAACGGCGCUAGGCGAGGUAAACGCGGUGAUAAAAAUUGCAGGGAACGAGACAGGGAGCGGUCGCGGGAGAGGGAACGGGAGAGGGAGAGAUCUCGCGGGAGGAGUCGCAGCUCGGCCGAGUCGCGGCGCGAGAGGGAGCUGGAGGAGGAGGCCAGGGAGCGGAAGCGGUUGGAGAAGAAGGCGAGGGAGAAGGAGGCCGCGUACCAGGAGCGCCUGCGCAACUGGGAGGCGCGCGAGCGGCGCAAGGCGAAGGAGUACGAGAAGGAGCGCGAGAGGGAGCGCUGCCGCGAGGAGGAGCGCGAGCGGGAGGCCAAGCGGCUCAAGGAGUUCCUGGAGGACUACGACGACGAGAGGGACGACCACAAGUACUACAAGGGCAAGGAGCUGCAGCGGCGCCUGGGCGCGCGCGUGCGCGAGGCGGAGGCCGACGCGCGCGAGCGGGAGCGCGAGCAGGACGAGCUGGAGGCGCUGAGGCGCGAGAUCUUCGGCGCGUGCGCGGCCGACGACCCGGCGGCGGCGCUGGCGUGGGAGCGCGCGCGGCGCGAGCGCGACGAGCUGUACCGGCCGCGGCUGCUCAUCGACGUGUCGCUGCAGGCCGAGGCGCAGCGCGAGCGCGAGCAGGCGCGCGCCCGCCUGCGCUCCGAGGCGCGCCGCGAGGCCAAGGAGCGCGCCGAGCGCGAGCGCGAGCGCUACCUGCGCGCGCAGGCCUCGCGCCAGCUGCCCACCGAGGCCGAGCCCAUCGACAGCGACGACAGCGCGUCGCCGCCGCCCGGCACGCCGCCGCCGCCGUCGCCGGCGCCCGCCACGCCGCCGCGCAAGCACAAGCACCACCACCACCGCCACCACCGGCCGGACGAGCGCGCCGCGCCCGACGACGCCGACACGCCGCAGAGCUCCGACGGCGGCACCACGCCCCCGCGGCCGCCGUCGGCCGAGCCGCCGCGCGCGCGCAGACACAGCGCGGGCGCGGCCGGCCUGCUGGAGGCGGCGUCGCCCAUCAGCAUCAGCUUCCGGCGCUCCCCGCCGCGCGAGGCGCCGCGCCCCCCGCGCCCGCACCACGCCUUCGCCGCCGACGACGACGACCACGCGCCGCCGCACCCGCACCACCACCACCGAGGCAAGGACCGCAAGGACAAGAGCAGGAAGGCCGACGCCGACAAGGGCGGCGCUGAGAGCGGCGCGGAGGAGGGCAAGUCCGCCGAGGAGAAGCGCAAGCACAUCAAGAGCCUCAUCGACAAGAUCCCCACGCAGAAGGAGCAGCUCUUCCAGUACAAGCUGGACACGGCGCAGAUCGACGGCGUCCUGAUGGAGAAGAAGAUCCGGCCGUGGAUCAACAAGAAAAUCAUCGAGUACAUCGGCGAGCCGGAGCCCACGCUGGUGGACUUCAUCUGCAGCAAGGUCCUGGCGGGGUCGCAGCCGCAGGGCAUCCUGGACGACGUGCAAAUGGUGCUGGACGAGGAGGCGGAGGUGUUCGUGGUGAAGAUGUGGCGGCUGCUCAUCUACGAGCUGGAGGCGAAGCGCGCGGGGCUGCACAAGUGACCGGCCGCGCCACGCCGACGCUGGGCCGCCGCUGUGCUCACUGGCCG